UUCCAGGAUAGUUCCCGAGGAAGUGUGACAUAGCAAGCGUAGAAGAGGUCCUGCCGCGAAGGACCUCCCGCUGGUGCCUCGCUCUUCCAGCGUAUCUCUCGCUCCGUUCGCGGCUGGCUUGUCCAGGUUUUACCGGUGGAUUCGGUUCGGCGGACGCGUGAACACGCCUCGCGGCUACGUAGUGCUACCCUCGCUGAGUGAACAGGACGAACGGACGAAAGGACACCCUGCCGGGCAGCAGCGGCCGGGAGGAUCACAGGCCGAAGAGGUGGGAGCCAUGCCGCCCGGGCGAGCUUCCCUCGAGGUAGCCAGGAUCGUCCGGCAUCCCCGUCCUUACGGUGUACUGCGUUCGCAUCGCCUCUUUUGAGGUGAGGAACUGUGGAUUGCUGGUGUUGGACCUCGGCCCCAGGAGUGGCCCGGGGGUUACCCUGGGGACCUCGGGGAAGUACUAGCGCAAGGACGAAGCUGUUAGGAACGACGAAGGACACGGGGGGCGGAGGAGGAGACCGCUAUGAACGCCAGCGUCAACAUCGAGAGGAACUCUUGGCGGCUGCCUCCCGACGAGACCGUCCAGGUCGCCGAUCCCCGUUCAAAGUCAGCCCAGGUAAAAGAGGAUCUAACGUACGCGGAGGGCGGCCACAACUGGCGGAGCAUAAUCUUCUCGCUGCUGGUCAUCGGGUUCGUUAUCGCCGGGAUCGUCACGGCCAUCUACCUUCUCGGGUACGUCGACGAGCUGCUGUAUUGGAGCGGCAGACGUCUCACGUUAGACGAGUGCCUUCGUGAUGACCUGACGCCGCACAGGUUAACACCAACCUGGGUCUCCCACGACAAGUUUGUUUACCAAGCUGACGAUGGCUCCCUCACACUCCUGGACACCACUAACAAUUCCGUGUCUCUUCUUGUCUCCAAUCACACACUCAGACAGCUGAACGUUCAAGGCUACCAGUUCAGCGCCGACCUACGUUACGUGUUGUUCAAGCACAAUGUCAAGCCGGUGUUCAGAAAUACUUUCACUGCAUUCUAUACAGUCUACGACGUCACGAACGACCACCACACGCCGCUCCGAUUGUCGCGGAUGAUGCAGCAGACGCGGUUGCAGCACGCCGUCUGGUUGGGCAACACGUCCGGUCUCCUGAUGAUAUCCGACAACGACAUCUUCGUGAGACUGGAGCCGUCCGCGACCGAGGAAUCCCGACUGACCAACACAGGUGUUCCCGGCGUGAUCUACAACGGCGUGCCGGAUUGGUUGUACCAGGAGGAAGUGAUGCCGCAGCCGGAAGCUACCUGGCCGAGCCCGGACGGCACGCAUCUGCUGUUUGCCUCGUUCAACGAUACUAAGGUCACUGCCUUGGAGUUCCCCUGGUUCGGCACGCAGCCAGGUCAAGACGGAUCCAGCUCCAGUCCGCUUUCUGCGACCAGAAAGGGCACCUUCCCGCCCUCGAAGUCCGUCAGGUACCCCACCCCCGGCUCCCACAAUCCGGAGGUCAACCUCUGGCUGAUGGAGCUGACGAAUACGACCACCUCGAACGGCAGCGUGAUCACCACCUUCGGAAACAGGACCAGGCUGAAGCCGCCGCCUGUCUUGGAUGGGCAGGAGUACUACUUAAUAUCAGCCGGCUGGGUGGGCGAAGACGCAAACCAGAUAGCAGUCGUGUGGAUGACGAGGUCCCAGAACCUUUCCUUGGUGACUGCCUGCCGUGCGCCAUCAUGGGAAUGCGAGGAGACUCACGCGGAGAGAGCGCCAGAGGGACAAUGGCUGGAUGCUCAACCUCACCCGCUGUUCGCCCCCGACGGCGACAGUUUCUUGCUGUUAGCCACCGUUCAGGAAGGCGACAAGGAACACUUCACUCACAUCAAGCACGUGACCCUCACGCAACAGAGGAUAGCGGUGCUCUCCCACGGUCGCUACGAGGUGAGCGAGAUCCUAGCCUGGGACACGAAGGCCCACCUGGUGUACUAUUUAGGCACCAGGGAAAAGAGGCCGGGUCAGAGGCACCUGUACGUGGUGCGUGACCCCACUGCCGACGAUCCUCGUCGCCUGGAGCCGUUGUGCGUGACCUGCGACCUGGGCGAGGUCCUCUGGAGCAGCAGAUUCUACUACACCAACUGCACGCACUUCAGCGCAUCCGUCAGUCCGCCGGUCAGAGACGGCGGUCAAGGUUACUAUGUCCUGCACUGCGAAGGACCCGGCCUUCCUCUGGCAGGCAUCCACAUGAUGACUUCGCACAAGAUGAUGCGCCUGCUCUACGACACCAGGCUCCAGCGGGGGGACAAGCUGUCUCAGCUGGCGCUGCCGACUCACAGGAGCUUCGAGGUACCGCUGCCCCAAGGCUGGAAAGCCCAAGUUCAACUUCUGCUGCCACCGUCGUGGCGAGAGGAGCUCAGGGAUGCGGCUUUCCCGGUCCUGGUCGAAGUGAACGGUCGGCCAGGCAGCGAGGCGGUCACGGACCGCUUCAAGAUCGACUGGGGCACCUACAUGUCCAGCCACAACGACGUCGUCUACGUCAGGCUGGACGUACGAGGCGCCCGAGGCCAGGGGAAGAGGGACCUCUUCAGGAAGAUCGGCGGCGUCGAGGUCCAGGAUCAGCUGACGGUGCUGAAGCACCUGCUGAAGACCUUGAAGUACCUCGACGUGACCAGGGUGGGGGUGUGGGGGUGGGGAUACGGCGGAUACGUGACCGCCAUGGUGCUGGGCAACCAGGAGAACGUGUUCAAAUGCGGCGUCGCUGUGAAUCCUAUAGCGGAUUGGCUCUAUUACAAUUCCGCGUUCACGGAGCGAGUUCUCGGCGCUCCAGCCGACAAUUACAAGGGUUACGUGGAGGCGGACCUGACUCAACGAGCCAGGCUGGUGCCGAGCCACAGCCUCUACCUUCUUCAUGGUCUAGCUGACCUCACAGCGCCUUACACGCACGGCGUCGCCUUCGCUAAGGCACUGUCCGAAGCGGGAAUCAUCUUUAGGUACCAGAGUUACGCGGACGAAGACCACGCCUUAUCAGGCGUGUUGGAGCACGCUUAUCGUUCCAUGGAGGACUUCCUCGCCGAGUGCCUCUCCCUGGACGCGUCCUAGUGCCUCAAGCCGGAUACUCCCUCGUUGUCUCUAGCUCGCCUACUUCCGACACAUCCGGGACGUCCGUGGAUGCUCGUCAGGAAGGCUCGCCGUUCAGGAUUAGUCUGCGCCGAGUGGCUGUCCCUAGUCGUCCCCAUGAUCCUGCUGUGUGACGGAAUACAGGACCGGGACUCGCUGGGAACGCGGACGAUGUCGUUCGACGAACGAUCGUGGAUACUAGGGACUAGGAUGACGAACCUAGCGUUUGUAUAAUUAAUAUCGUUAGCAGAAA